AUGUCGAUCACGCUCCACGUCCGCUUGCUGAGUGGUCGCACAUUCUCAGCUGAAGCCCUACUGGAUGUUGAUGUGGGUACCUUGAAACACCAAGCAGAAAGCGCCCUGGCAGUUGGCAACGGCAGACUUGUCCAUUCCUCCGGCGAAGAGCUGGAUAGCAUGCGGACCAUCAGAGAAUGUGGGUUGCAGACUGGCGAUGUUCUGAACUUGCAACUACAACCAGUGAUGGUGCUGUCUUCCAGAGGUCAAAUGUACGCAGCUUUUGCUGCCAUCCUUGGCGAUGGCUCGGUGGCUGCCUGGGGUCCUGCUGACCACGGUGGCCACACCGGCGCUGUACAAGAUCAAUUAAGAAAAGUCCAACAAGUUCAGGCUUCUACGUCAACUUUUGCUGCUGUCAUUGCCGGUGGAUCCGUGCUGACCUGGGGCGAUGCUGUGGGUGACAGCAACGCCGUGCAAUAUCAACUGACGGAUGUGCAACGGCUUCAAUCCACCUUCGGUGCUUUUGCCGCCAUCCUGGGCAAUGGCUCCGUGGUGACUUGGGGCCACGCCGAUGUUGGUGGCGACAGCAGUGCCGUCAGAGAUGAACUCAGGAAUGUGCAGCAGAUUCAAGCGUCUCACCUCGCUUUUGCUGCCAUCCUUGGCAAUGGCUCCGUGGUGACUUGGGGUCUCGCCGAUGGUGGUGGCGACAGCAGUGCCGUCAAACAUCAACUCAGGAAUGUGACCCAAAUUCAAGCCACUUUACGAGCUUUUGCUGCCAUCCUCGCCGAUGGCUCCGUGGUGACAUGGGGUGACGCGGAGUCGGGUGGGGACAGCAGUGUUGUGCAAAGUCAGCUGAGGAAUGCGCAACAGAUUCAAGCCAACCACCGCGCUUUCGCUGCCAUCCUUGGCGAUGGCUCCGUAGUUACGUGGGGCCAUGCUGACUGGGGUGGCAACGCCCGUGCUGUAAAAGAUAGGCUGAAGAGAGUGCAACAGAUUCAAGCUACUCACUAUGCUUUUGCAGCCAUCCUGGAAGAUGGAUCUGUGGUUACCUGGGGGGGUUCUGACGGCGGUGGCGACAGCAGCGCGGUGCAACAUCAGUUGAAGAACGUGAAGCAGAUACAAGCAGCUGCCGGAGCUUUUGCCGCCAUCCUUGGAGAUGGUGGUGUGGUGACUUGGGGCCAUGACGGUGGCGGUGGCGACAGCACGGCCGUACAAGAGCAGCUGAGGAAUGUGCAGCAAGUUCAAGCCUCUUUCUACGCCUUUGCGGCCAUCCUUGGCAAUAGAUCCGUAGUGACCUGGGGCCACGCUGAUGCCGGUGGCGAAAGCAGUGCUGUGCAAAAGCAAUUGAGGAACGUGACCCAGAUUCAAGCCUCUUUACGAGCUUUUGCUGCGAUCCUAGCCGAUGGAUCCGUGGUGACCUGGGGUCAUGUUACCGGUGGUGGCGACAGUAGUGCUGUGCAAGAUCAGCUGUGCAACAGGCAGAACUUGGCCAGCGAGGCAUAA